CCUACCAACAACCAGACAGAUCUAAAUUGGGCGGUGCAGUGUAUGCCCGCGCCAUUUAUCAAGUGGCAUAACCGCGUAUCAAUUGCCAAUCUAAUAACAACAGCAACUGCGACGUGUACACCAUCAUCAGUAUCAGCAUCAGCAUCUCAGCAUCGCCAUCGGCAUCACCAGGAGGAGUAACAAAUAGAAGCGCAACUGUGAUUUUACUUUCAUACGAAUUAGAAUGGCCAAGACGUACGACUAUCUGUUCAAAUUGCUGCUGAUCGGAGACUCUGGAGUGGGCAAGACCUGCAUAUUGUUUCGAUUCUCAGAGGAUGCUUUCAACACAACCUUUAUAUCCACAAUAGGUAUCGAUUUUAAAAUUAGAACAAUUGAAUUAGAUAACAAGAAAAUCAAACUUCAAAUAUGGGACACUGCCGGCCAGGAGCGCUUCCGCACAAUUACCACGGCCUACUACAGAGGUGCCAUGGGCAUUAUGCUGGUGUAUGACAUCACCCAGGAAAAGUCGUUCGAGAACAUCAAAAACUGGAUCAGAAAUAUCGAAGAAAAUGCCUCCGCCGACGUUGAGAAAAUGCUGCUGGGCAACAAGUGCGAAUUGCACGAUAAGCGACAGGUUUCCAAGGAGCGUGGCGAGCAAUUGGCCAUCGAGUAUGGCAUCAAGUUCAUGGAGACCUCAGCGAAAGCCAGCAUCAAUGUGGAAGAAGCUUUCCUCACCCUAGCCAGUGAUAUCAAAGCGAAAACGGAAAAGCGAAUGGAGGCGAACAACCCACCCAAGGGCGGACAUCAGCUAAAAACGCUAGACAGUCGGACAAAGGACAGUUGGCUGUCCAGAUGCAGUCUGCUUUGACGUGGCUGCAACAUGUGGCUGAUGGCACCGAUACUGAUGCGGCAUGGUGGUAACAAUUACGAUUACACUGUAUGUGGAGGAAGUAGUUUUCUUAGCUCCUGUUAGAUCUGAUCCCCACGAGACACCGAAUCACUGAAACAACAAAACAUCCCAAACAAAAGCCAGCUCCUGCUCUCCCCGAAUAUGCGCGAUAAUGGAAUAGAAACAUUGAUUGCAUUAUGAAACAAUUUAUUAAAUAAAGUAUAUGACGACGGUGUGUGCGCGAAAUAUACAUAAAUAUAAUGAUACGUACAUAUAUAGAGAUAUAAAAAACAAAAAAAAAACACAAAAUCCAGCCGCCAAGAGAAGGUGGAAGAGCAGCCAAUCCAAUCCAACCCGCCCGCGUCCUUCUCUAAGAGGUUUUUGUUUAGUAGUAUUUUAGUGUAACUAUGAUUUUCUGCAGGCAGCCCCAUGUUUGCGCUGUUGUCGAUUGUAAAUUAUUAAUUGUAAUGCAAAUAUAUACAUGUGUAUGUGUGUAAAUGUA